GCGGAAGUGAUUCCUCCAAAUGACCCGGAACCCACGGCGGCAGGCAGCUGGGGGUGGGGGGGCGGCCCUGGUAUAGGGGCUGUGGCGGUGCGCUUGGACCCGGUGCGGUGGCUGCGGUGGCUGCGGGGCUGACGAGAAACUACUAAAGUUCCUGUGGACACAGUAGAAUUUCAUAAGAACAUAAUGGAUGGAGAAGAGAAAACCUAUGGUGGCUGUGAGGGCCCUGACGCCAUGUAUGUCAAAUUGAUAUCUUCGGAUGGUCAUGAAUUUAUUGUAAAAAGAGAACAUGCGCUAACAUCAGGAACAAUAAAAGCCAUGUUGAGUGGCCCAGGUCAAUUUGCUGAGAACGAAACUAAUGAAGUCAAUUUUAGAGAGAUCCCUUCACAUGUGCUAUCAAAAGUAUGCAUGUAUUUUACCUACAAGGUUCGCUACACUAACAGCUCCACGGAGAUUCCUGAAUUUCCAAUUGCACCUGAAAUUGCACUGGAACUGCUGAUGGCUGCAAACUUCCUAGAUUGUUAAAUAAAAUAAAUUAUAAUAAACUGUUAACUUUUUUCAGUAUUUAAUACCUGUAGUUCAGUUAGUAAUUUUUUCACAUAUAGCAUGUUGCCUGUGUGCAGUUGAACUUUAAAGUUCGUUGCAAAGCAGAUUAUCUUCUGUUCUUUUGCAUAGCAAUCAGAGUUGAAAUUUGUUUGCUACAUCAACAAAUUAAGGACAUUUUCACAAAUUGAGAAUAAACAAAUAUGCCAAUUCGUAGGUGGUUUUGCCUUAUCCUUUGGAUGUGAUUUUUAAAAUUAGAGCAGUGGUGAUAUAGUAAAUGCUGAAAUUUAGGCAUAAAUUCAACACGUUCUACAGGUAAAUAAUGGGGCUACAUAUUUUUAUGUUUUUAGUGUUUUUUUAAAAACCUAUUCUGAUCUUAAUAGCUGUCAUUAGCAUUACUAGAGUUAUGCAAUUGCAUAUAAUUGCAUUAUAAACAUGUUUAUAACUUAGCCAAAAUAUUGAUUUUUAUAACUGUCAAAGACAUGAGAGUUGAAAUUUCUUAUGUGUCUUUUGAUAAACUGCAGUAUUGUUUAAGUGUA